UCUCGCUCGCUCUCUCUCUCGCUCCUCCGCUCAGCAGCUCCGUCCCCGUGGCCUCGCUAGGCGUCGGAGCUUCCUGCGUGACAACAAAAGUAGUCUCUUCUCGACGGAGCUGGGAGAAAAAGCCGAAGGAUGGAUACGCGGUUUCACAACUAAAUGAAGAAUUACGAAUUGAUACGGAUUGGAAUAAGCCCGCAUGUAGUUACGGCAUGAGCCAUGAGCCAAAGUCACCAUCUUUAGGAAUGAUCUCCACGGCGACUCGUACCACGGCAACGGUCAGCCCCCUCACCCCCUCACCUCUCAACGGCUCCAUCGUAGCCAAUGGGAGCCCGGCUGCCCAGUCGGCUCACUCCGGAUUCGCUGCAGCCCUCCGUAAACUGGCAAAACAAGCCGAAGAGCCUCGAGCCGCCUCGUCCAUCAGCAGCGAGUCUUCCCCGGUGUCCUCCCCGGCCACCAACCACAGCUCCCCCGUCAGCACGCCGAAGCGCGGGCCCCUGGGCCCGGGGCCCAUGCUGGUCCCCUCGGGGGGACACAGUGUGCCAAACACCCCUCCCGUCGUCACCAUCGCGCCCACCAAGACCAGCAACGGCCUCUGGAGGAACGAGGGCCGCCAGUCAGAGUCGGGCCCCCGUGGGGCCAGCAGAGAGCGUGAGGGGGGCCUCUCCCAGGAGAAGGGUGGGCCCUCAGUCCCUGCUCACAUCCUGGGAAACCCCUAUGCCUUCGGGCUGAGCCCCGGCGCCGUGAUGCAGGACUCCCGCUUCCAACCACUCAACCUGCCCCGACAGCUGCACGGACUGCCCCCUGGUGCCGUUCCCGAGGAGUACCUCCGCGGCUUCCGACCCUAUGCCACCGCAGAGGAGGCCAUGCGCAUGCCCUCCCUGCCUAUGGGCCUGGACCCCGCCACAGCCGCCGCCGCCGCCGCCUACUACCACCCCAGCUACCUGCCCCACCCCUCCUUCACCCCGUACAGGAUGGACGACCCCUUCUGUCUCUCGGCGCUGAGGUCGCCCUUCUACUCCCUGCCGGGGGGCGGGGGCCUGCCGCCCCUACACCCCUCGGCCGUCCACAUGCACCUGCCCGGCGUGCGCUACCCCGGGGACCUCUCGCACCCCUCCCUGUCCGCACUGCAGUCCGAGAGGCUGUCCGAGAGGCUCCAGCUGGAGGACGAGAUUCGGCAGCGGGAGCGAGAGCGGGAACGGGAACGGGAGCGGGAGAAAGAGAGGGAGCGCGAGGCGGAACGCGAGAAGGAGCGGGAGAGGGAGCGCGAACGGGAGAGGGAGAGGGAGAAGGAGCUGGAGAGAGAGCGCGAGAGGGAACGGGAGCGGGAGCGCGAGAGGGAGCGAGAGCGGGAGAAGGAGCGGGAACGGGAGCGGGAGAUGGAGAGGCAGAAGGAGCGGGCGCUCCGGGAGAAGGAGCUGCAGGUGGCCAAGGCCAUGGAGAGCCACUACCUGGCCGAGCUGCACGCCAUGCGGGGCCAGGAGGAGCGGAGCAAGCCAGAGAGACUCACCCCUAACCGGCCCGACAAAUCCAAAGAGGCGGUCCUUCCCGCCCCUAAGCCAAUGCCGCCGGGGCUCCACCCGGCGAUGGUCCAAUCACACCACGGCGUGCCGGGCCUGGUCUCCGCCCACGGCCUCUACCUGGGGCCCGGCGGGGUGGGCACGGCCCUCACGUCGGCCAUGAUGCUGCAGCGGACCAAUGAGGAGGAGCGCUGGUUGGCGCGGCAACGCAAGCUGCGGCAGGAGAAGGAGGACCGGCAGUACCAGGUGUCGGAGUUCCGGCAGCAGGUUCUGGAGCAGCACCUGGACCUGGGCCGGCCCGACGGAGCGCCGGAGCACCGCGCGGACGCACACAGAUCUCUACAGAACCACCACGACCCCGGCAGCCGAGACCUCCUGUCCCACCUGGGCGCCCCGCCGCCCCUCAUCUCCCCCAAGCCGCCCCAGCCGCCCCGGGAACACGUCGCCCCGCCCGCCACGCUAUGGAACCCCGUCUCCCUCAUCGACACGUCCUCCGACUCCCGCCGCAGCCACGAGCCCUCGGGGCCCGUCCACUACGACCUCGGCCGCCUCGCCGCCGGGCCCCCCUCCUCCGUCAAGCACGAGGACGGGGGCCGGCGGCGGGACGGGGGCGUCGUGGACAAGUACCCCCCGCCGCGGGGCCCGCCGGGCCUGCCCGAGCCCAGCACCUUCCUGGCGGAGCUGGAGAAGUCCACCCAGUCGUUCUUCAGCCAGCAGCGCGCCUCCCUGUCGCUCUCCAGCCAGUACAGCGACGUGGGCGGGGCCGGCAAGGGGGGCCCCGCCCACGUGGCCGGCAUGAAGGCCUUCGCACCGGGACACCAGGGCCCCAGCCGGCACGGCCAGGGGCCCGCGGCAGUGGUCCUGCCGGGGGUCCCCGGGCUGGGGCUGGGGCUGAGCGGGUCCACCAGCCUGACGAGCGCGGGCGCGGGCCCCGAGACGCCGCUGGUCUUCGACGAGUUCCUGCAGCAGCACCGGCGGGCCGUCAGCAAGCUGGACCUGGAGGAGAGGAGGAGGAAGGAGGCCCGGGAGAAGGGUUACUACUACGAGCUGGAUGACUCGUACGACGAGAGCGACGAGGAGGAGGUGCGAGGCCACCUCCGCAGGGUGGCGGAGCAGCCCCCGCUGAAGCUGGAUGACUCCAUGGAGAAACUGGACUUCCUGGGCGUGUUCGGCCUGACCACGGUGGGUCGCCGUGACGACCUGGUGCAGCAGAAGCGCCGGAAGCGGCGGAGGAUGCUGCGGGAGCGGAGCCCCUCCCCGCCGGCGCUGAGCGCCAAGCGAGCCGCGCCGCCGCUCAGCACGCGGUUCACCCCCGAGGAGAUGGACCGCGCGCCAGAGCUGGAGGACAAGAAGCGCUUCCUCACCAUGUUCAGCCUGUCCCACGUCACGCCGCAGCAGAGGAGAGACAAUGAAAGGGUAGUGGAGCUGCUUCAGGCUAUUAAAGAAAAGAGUGUUACCUUAGAUACCAUCAGGCAUGCUACCCAUCCUCUGUGUAAAAGCCCUCCAGCACAUUCGCCCGAAUCCGACACCGCCCAGGCUCCCGGCCAAUCAGAAGAGGCGCCCGGCGCCCGACCCCACAGCCCCUCCCCCGCGCACGGCCUGCCGUCCCCCGGCGGCAUGCCCAAAGCCCCCCUGGGCGGCGACACGUUGAGACCAAAGGAACCCCUGGCCCCGUCCGUCUACCCGGACAAGUCCCGGGGGCCCGGCGGCGAGGGGGGGCCCCCGCCCAAGAGGAGCGCCAACCUGCUGGGCAGCCUGCCGGCCCCGCUCCCCAUGCAGCCCAAAGAGGGGCCCGCCGGCCUCAACGGACGCUCCAAGCCCUGGGACAGCUUCACGCCCGAGGAGUUCGCCCAGCAGUUCCACGAGUCGGUGCUGCAGUCCACCCAGAAGGCCCUGCAGAAACACAAAGGCGGUGUCACGGGAGCGCCCGAGUCCUCCCACCCCCAGGACUCCUCGGUGCGCUACAACAUUCCCGAGUUGCAGUGUGCUCCGGGCCGGGCGUCCCAGGCCCUCGCUCACCCCCACUCCUCGCUCGCCCACUCGGUGCAGCACCUGCACCCCCCGCCGCACGGCCACGGCCUCCCCCAGCCCAACGGGCAGCACUUCCCCAUGGCCCCGCACCGCGAGGGCCCCGGGGCCCGGCCCGACGUGUCCGGCCCCGAGGACUCCGAUGAAGAAGAGGAGGAAGAGGAGCCCCCCGCGCCGAAGUGGCAGGGGAUCGAGUCGAUAUUCGAAGCCUAUCAGGAUUAUAUUGAAGAGCAAGGCGUGGAGCGCCAGGUGCUGCAGAGCCAGUGCCGGCGGCUAGAAGCUCAGAACUACAACCUCAGUCUGACGGCUGAGCAGCUGUCCCACAGCAUGGGGGAGCUGAUGUCCCAGAGGCAGAAGCUGGCGCUGGAGCGAGAGAAGCUGCAGGCGGAGCUGGAGCACUUCAGGAAGUGCCUGACGCUGCCACAGACACACUGGCCCAGAGGGGGCCACUACAAGGGAUACCCACCCAGGUGACCCCGCUCUGCUGAGCUGACGGGCCCCUACCCAAGGGCCCCGGCCCCGGCUGCCACCUCUUCCUCCUCCUCCUCCUUCUCCUCAUCCUCCUCUCAGACACACACCUAGAGUUUAUUUUUUAUGGCCUUGAUGUUGUGAACAUAGCUCGACGACUGAAGAGGAGCUGGCUGGCUGGCUGGCCGGUUCAGUGGAUGAAUCGACGUUGGGGAGACGGGAGCGAAUGCACGGGGGGGCACUAGGACCAAACGAUGAAGGACAAACCGUCUCUGGGUCACGGCCAGCCAGGGACGGUGCCACAAGCCACUUGUGUCUGCCAACUUCACCCGAACCCUGGGAUCCGUGAGAGUGUUGGGCCGGAGUAGCAGGAGAACCACGCAUGCACAUACUACGGACACAGAACACGCCACGCGCGCACACACACACACACACACACACACGACCGAACUUCUCAAUGUAGUGUAAAUCAUGCCCUGCUUCAGCCCCUACUGCUCUCACAGCCACGCCCACAAGGACUAUUCUGCCAAUAGGAAGAGCCACUCCAUGAGCGGGUGACCACGCCCCCCCCCCAGCCCCCCCAGUCCCCACAUCACCAAAAGCAUAAGUAUGUCCCCGGCCCAUCAGACUGACGGAGUCACGGGGGCCGCAUUAGUUUUUGAACUGGAAAAUGCACUUAAGAAGAAUGCGUGAAGAGCUACCAAUGUCGGUACUCUGAUGCGGCAAAGAACUGUUCACAUUAAGGAGAGAACUUAGGAAAAAAUGCACAUUUUUGGAAAGAAUAAAGGAAAUGUUUUAUUUCAAAAUAGAAAAAUUUGAGAAUAAGAAUUUUAAAAAGGUGCUUGAGCCUUGUAUUGUAUAUAAUAUGAAGACUAAAAGAAUUUUGUAUGUUUUAUUACUUAAUCAAUGUUCUUUUAAAAGAAAAAAAAAAG